AGUAUUACUUAUAAGAUAAUCAAAAAAUAUUGAUAACAACAUUUCAUAUAAAAGAACGCGACUCGUCUUGACCAUUGUAUCGAACAGUCACUUGGUCGACAACAACAAUGCGCGUCAUCAUCUUCCUAGCCCUUCUGGGCACCGCUCUCGCGGUCCCCAAGAGCAUCAGCCGUAUCGUCGGCGGCAGCCCGACCACCGUGCAGGAAUACCCGUACAUGUCCAAUAUGCAGUACGGUCUGUGGGGCAUUUGGUGGUACCAGGCCUGCGGCGGAUCUCUGCUGACCACAACCUCCGUGCUCUCUGCUGCUCACUGCUACUUCGGUGACAGUGCUUCGGAGUGGCGUGUGCGCCUGGGAACCUCUUUCGCGUCCAGCGGUGGCUCUGAGCACUCAGUGUCCCAGCUGGUCCUGCACCAGCAGUACAACCCCAACACCCUCGACCAUGAUAUCGCCAUUGUCCGUCUGGCCAACCCUGCCGUAUACUCCAACAGCGUCCAGCCCGCUAGCGUCGCCGGCAGCGCUUACAAUCUUCCUGACAACACCCUCGUCACCACCAUCGGAUGGGGAACAACCUCGAGCGGCGGCUCUGCCCCUGAGCAACUGCAGCACGUGGACAUCAACAUCAUCAACCAGCAGCUGUGUGCUGAGCGCUACGCCUACCUGAAGACCCAGCCCGGCUACCAAAACUGGCCUGACAUCACCGACAACAUGCUGUGCGCCGGUAUCUUAAACGUCGGAGGCAAGGACGCCUGCCAGGGAGACUCUGGCGGUCCCCUCGCUCACAACAAGAAUGUCAUCGUUGGUGUCGUCUCCUGGGGCUUCCAGUGCGCUGAUGCUUUCUACCCUGGUGUCAACGCUCGCGUCUCAAAAUACACCCAAUGGAUCUCCCAGAACGCCUAAUUAAAAGGCAUUUUAUGUGAUCCCAUGGAAAUAAGAAAUCUGAUUCUUAUGUCAGCUCAACUACCAAAACACAAUACGGGUUUCGCAAAAUAAAUUAUAAUUUUAAGGCUUAAAGAUUGUUUCCUUUGAAUAAUACCAGAUAAAAUAAACAAUUUUAACAUUUAA